AUAUCCUCCACAGUGUCAUUAGAACCAAGUAUGUGUAACAUUCUCAAUCUGGUCGUUGAUCGCGCCUCGUACUACCCCAUGCACUCACUCAUUACAUCGUACCUCGAUAUCAUCGAUAUCUUCAGACUCAGUCGGGUCUGCAAACAAACAUCAGACAUCUACAGCGAUAUUCAGAAGACACAAUGGAAUAUAAAUGCCCAGCUACGGUCAUAUUUCAAGGAUGUCGACGCAUUUCGUACCUUGCAGGGAAAGACUGGAACACUGAUAGGAGGACGCUUUGCCUUUUGCUUCUUCCGUCGCCUGCGUAAGGACAAUGUCCUUCGUUUAUUCGUGCAAGCCGGGGAGAAUGCUGAAGCCAUCUACGACUUCCUUGAGCGAGAACGAUACUCUAUAAUCUCUGAUAAAGUCUCGCAAGAUGCAGAGAAUAAUUCUGGUCUAAACAGAUUUUCCAUACUGCAGAAGCCUGCUACGCAAAACCACGGCCCAGUACUCCUCUCCGUUUCGCAAACAAUCGAAACCCCCCUCGACGCCGUGCUCCGAAACAUGCUCUGCACAUCUCAAGGCUGCUUCCUAUCAUGGAACAAAGCGUAUUGCCUGUUCCCCAUCGCCACAUUCACGAAUCAGGAAUCAUACCUGAUGACUCCACUACGCAACGACACAGCCACAAACACGACCCUCACACGAGCAGUUCUCCAAACCGAAGCCCAAUACGGACUCAAAAUCAAGCCCCCAAUCUGGCACCCCAACGCCAACCCCUCUCCCGACCACACCGAACUCGGGCCCUACCGCUGUAUCGGCGACAAACACACCUGGACCAUGCACCUCGACACAACCCACAUCCCCGCGCCACAAACCCCAGAUCUCGUCCUUGACAUGGCCAGCUUCUGCAUAACAAAGACCAAGGAAGACAGCCUGGCCACCUACCUAACCCUCGACUACUCGCUCAAGAAGUCCUGCGUUCUGAGGUACACCUACAUCACUGCCGUCAACACAGAGACCUGGCAUGGCGUAAACGGCUGGCAUGGCAUGACAGGCGAAGCCGCAUACGCCGUGCUCAAGGUGCAGGGAAAACUCGAUGAGACGACACUCAUGCAACUGGCACUGUUGGAGCCUAACGAGCGACCGACUGAGUACGCGGCGAUUGUGGAUGAUGUCGGAAGCGCCAAUACGGCGAUGGGCAAGUUUCGUGUUCCUGCGACUUGGGUGUACUACGAUGAGGAAGUCCAGCGAUGUUUGGGGGAGUUUCACCGAGAUUUUGUGAAGCGACAAGAUGGGUCUCAGCACGCGGGUGUAGGUCCUAGAUGGGUCCGUGGAUUUUAUGGAGAUUGAGGUAUCUGGUGAGUACCUCACAUGGGUUGUGUGACAAUGGGG